AUGCGACAGGAUCAAAACUAUUUAGACAAUUGUCAACCUGAACACAGCCAUGUUUCUAUACAACCAUCAGCAGGGCUGUUAUCAUCAUCAUCGCUACCAUCUUCAUACACUUAUUCAGAAGGUGAUGAAGAAUCAUCUUCUUCUUAUGAAGAGAAAUCAUACAAUCCCAAAAUAUUAUUUCACAAUUUUAUAGAUUCUUUUAAACCAUUUGAUUAUUCCAAACUACCACCCAUAUAUUUCCGUGAUAAUAAACUUUCUGCCAGUCAAUUACAACAUGAUGAUCAAACACCUCCUGGAAUAAUAGAUGCUCACAUUCUGUCUCACGAGGCUCAUAAUCUACAAUUUGAUUAUUCCGCAUUAACCGACCUAGAAAGAGACGCAUUAGUCACUGCCAAUUCACCAUUAUCAAGACAUUUAAAAACCAGACAUCUUACACUUAUUUCCUUAGGUGCAGCAAUUGGGUCCGGAUUAUUUGUGGGGUCAGGAACGGCCUUAUCACAUGCAGGGCCGCUUGGAUUGUUUCUCGUAUGGGUAUUUAUGGCCACCAUUGUUUUUGCUACCUUAACUUCUUUAUCAGAAUUAGCAACUGCUUUUCCUAUUAGUGGUGCUUUUGCUACUUUUAUCACAUUAUUUAUUGAUAGUUCAGUUGGAUUUGCAAUUGCCUGGAAUUAUGCAUUACAAUGGUUAAUUGCCCUUCCUUUACAACUUAUUGCCGCAGCAAUGUCAGUACAAUUUUGGAACCCCUCCAUCCAUCCCGCCAUAUUCGUGACGAUUUUCUAUUUGGUUAUAGUAUUUAUCAACUUAUUCGGAGUCAGGGGAUAUGGAGAAGCAGAAUCAAUCUUGAGCAUUAUCAAGAUUAUCGCCGUGGUGGGAUUUAAUAUUUUAGCAGUGGUUAUCGUUACCGGUGGUAUACCUGGACAACCCUACAUUGGAGCCAAGAAUUGGAAACCACCAGCGGGAGGACUUUUCAAUGCAGUAGAACCAUUUAAACAAAUGUGUUAUAUCCUUGCAUCGGCGCUGUUUGCAUAUAUCGGAACCGAACUCUUUGCAUUAGCCGGUGUUGAAUCACGAACCCCGAAAAAAUCAAUCAAUCGAGCCAGAUUACAUAUACUUUAUCGAAUAUCAUUGUUUUAUCUCGUAUCAAUCAUCAUGAUUGGGUUUUUGGUUCCAUAUACUUCCCCAAAUCUUCAGACUCAUCAACAUAUGUUUGCAGACGUUGCAUUUUCUCCCUUUGUUAUCGCAAUUGAGAAUGCACAUAUCAGGGCCCUACCUUCAAUAUUAAAUGUCGUUAUCAUAAUCACCGUUCUUUCGGUGGGGAAUGCUAGUGUGUAUGCGGCAUCAAGAGUUAUGUGUGCCUUGGGAUCACUUCGUCAAGGACCCAACUGGUUGCAUUACAUAGAUAGAAAGGGGCGUCCUAUGGGAGCAUUAACAGUUCUGUUUCUGUUUGGACUUUUGGCUUAUUUAGUUUGUAUUCAACUGAAAACGUUUGAAAUUUUUACUUGGUUAUUAAGUCUAAGUGGACUUCUGGCAAUUUUCACUUAUUUAUUUAUAAAUAUUUGUCAUUUAAGAUUUAGAGCUGGAUUAAGUUAUCGUGCUAGAGAUCCAAAAACGGAAUUAAUAUAUUGUGCAUCGAUAUAUUAUAGUUGGUAUGGAGUUAUUACAUGUCUAAUUACACUUGUAUUACAAUUCUGGGCAGCUCUAUUUCCUCCUGGUGAGGGAAAGGCAAAUGCCACGACGUUUUUUGAGAUAUACCUUUGUUUACCGUUGAUUUUCUUCUCAUGGUUGGGGCACAAGAUAUAUAUGAAGAAAACAAAGGGGGUGAAAUUAACUAAAUUAUGGUUAACUGCGGCAGAAAUGGAUGUGGAUACUGGAAGAAGAGAGGUUGAUUUAGAGAUUAUUAAACAAGAAGUUGCCGAGGAAAAUGCAUUAUUAAGUAGUAAACCUUGGUACGUGAAGGUGUAUAGAGUCCUUUGUUGA